AUGAAACCAUCCUUACCACUGCGACGCAUUUGUCGCGGAACAAACAUCACCAUCCGUGCGCCGACCUCACCGGCCCUCGUCCCACGCAUUUCGCAUCAGCAACGAACACUACCAACUCCAAGCCCUCGCUCAACACCACUCACAACCACAACCCGCCGAUCCUUCAAUCUCUCCUCGCUCUCCUCUCUCUUCCCCCCGGGUAACGGCAACAGUAAUGACAACAACAAAAGCCGCGUCCUAACCGCCACCCGCACCCUCCCCUACUCCCCCAGCGCGCUCUUCGAGGUCAUCUCCUCGGUCGAAUCCUACUCGCAAUUCCUCCCCUUUCUCACAGCCUCGACCGUAACCCACCGCGACCCGGAAACGGGGUACCCGACGCGCGCCUUCCUAACAGUCGGCUACGGACCUCUCAGCGAAACCUUCACGUCGCGCGUGGACUGCAAUCGGGACAAGUGGACUGUCGAGGCGCGCAGCGGGGCUAAGUUCGGGGUGGAUUCGAAGGAUGGGCAACAAGGGGGGAUCUUUCCCGGGGCGAAUGAGGGGAUUUUUGAGUAUUUGAGUACGAAAUGGGAGUUGGUGCCGGUACAAGAGGGAAGUGUGCAGACGCGGGUGCAGCUGGAGAUUCAGUUCGAGUUUCGGAAUCAGUUCCAUGCGGCGAUGAUGAGCGCAGUUGAGGGGCAGAUGGCCGGUGUUAUGAUUGAGGCUUUUGAGAAGAGGAUUAGGGAGGUAGAGGGAAGGUGA